GCCAAAGCAAAAGCUAUGAAGGACAUUAAAGAAAGGGGAAACCAAACAGUUGUCACUGAAUUCCUCUUCCUGGGCUUUUCCAACCACCCAGAACUGCAGGGAUUGUUCUUCCUGAUGUUUUUGGUUGUAUACCUGGUAACUCUUCUGGGGAACCUUCUCAUAUUAACAGCCAUUAGAAUCAACCCUGUUCUUCAUACUCCUAUGUAUUAUUUCCUCAGCAACUUGUCCUUCCUGGACAUCUGCUACACCUCCACCACUGUCCCCAUCAUGCUGGUGAACUUUUUCCGAGAGAAGAAGACCAUUACCUAUGAAGGUUGCAUGUCUCAGCUCUUCUUCCUUGUAACUUUGGCGGGUUCUGAGGGUGUGCUGUUGGCUGCUAUGGCUUAUGACAGAUUUAUAGCCAUUUGCCAUCCAUUACGCUACCCAGUUCUCAUGAGCAAGAGGAUCUGUGCCUACUUAGCAGCUGGGUCCUGGUUGUGUGGGGUAGUGAAUUCUCUGACACACACAGGGCUCACAGCAACUCUCACUUUGUGUGGUCCUAACCAGAUCAGCCAUUUUCUCUGCGAUAUCCCCCUACUCCUGAAGCUGUCCUGCUCAGACACUUCAGUCAAUGAGUUCACACUCUAUGCGUCCAGUGCCAUCUUUGGUGUGAGUACCUGCCUCUUCACUGCCGUAUCCUAUAUGCUCAUUAUCUCUGCCAUCUUGAAAAUCCAGUCUGCUCAAGGGCGACAAAAAGCCUUCUCCACCUGUGCCUCUCACCUCACUGCGGUAGUCAUCUUCUUUGGAACUGCCAACUUCAACUAUGACCAGCCCAGCUCGGGCUCCUCCCUAGAUGUGGACAUCCUGGUCUCAGUCCUCUUCUGUGUUGUUACCCCCAUGUUAAAUCCUGUCAUCUAUAGCCUGAGAAACAAAGAAGUCAAAGGUGCCUUGAGGAAAUUAUGUAAAGGGUAUAUUUUACCCAGUGAUUCCAAUGUUCAAAUCACUUCUUAA